AUGCCUUUGUCUAUGGUUACAAAAUACGAAGAGAUAACGGCUUCAGAGCUCGGAGUCCUCCAACGUCAAUACGAGAAAUCAUUCUUUUUCCAAUCCAAAUCAGCGCAGAAACCAACAAAAUUAGCAAUAUUUGACUUUGAUUCCACACUGUUCUUCUCCCCUCUGUUGAGUCCCACUAUUUGGCAUCCCAAUCUCAUCCGAGUGGCAACUGCAGAAAGUGUAUAUGGACCAGGCUGGUGGAGAGAUAUACGUAGUCUGGACUUAGGUCCAUUCGAGGAAUUAAAGAAGAAUGCGUGGGAAGGAUACUGGAAUGAGGAGAUUGUACAACAGGCUAGAAAUUGCAUUAAUGAUACGGAUACCAUGACGGUUGUGCUGACUGGAAGACGAUACCAUCCAUUUCACCUUUUAGUGCCAGCAAUGCUCGAAGCCAAAGGCUUGCAGUUCGAUUUAGUGGGUCUUCGACCUGACCCAGAAUAUGUCUCUGAUAAUCAAUGGGAAGUGAAGUUAGGACAACAUCAUCUCACUUACAACCUCACCAGCUCUGUGUUCAAAUCCACCAUGCAUUUCAAGACAUGUUUUAUUCUCAACAUUAUACACAAUAUUCCCUCGAUAAAGAGUGUCACCAUGUGGGAUGAUCGUAUACAUCAUGUCAAGAAGUUUAGAGAGUAUCUCGAUAUCGUCAAGAGUACAUCAGUCAUCAACAAUGGAGAUGUGAUUUACGUGCCUGGUAUUCGACCCAAAUACAAUCCUAGAUGGGAAAAAAAUGUCAUCAGACACAUCAUCGACACUCACAACAAGGCGCUUGUUGAACAUGUUCAGGAUGGCAUUAGAAAUGGAAAAAUCCAGCAGAGAUUAGCGUGGCCAUGCACCGCCGAGAAGGAGGAUCCAUUGGGGAGUUCAUCAGAGAUGCCAUUGAAAUUGACACCAUUACCUGCAGCCACAGUAGUCAAACUGUCACCCGAGAGCAAGGAGAAACUAUGCGAUGCUUACAAGUCUUACUUUACACAAGAAUUGAAGAUUCAUGGAAAGUCGAAAUGGAAGGACUGUGGCGGAGAGCAACCUCAGCUGUUUAGUGAUUAUGUGUAUCUAUCUCAAAAGGUCAUCCCGAGCGACGCUAUUGCUGUGGGCUCGGUUGGAUCGCAGGUUGGAGUGACAGUAAAGGCAUACUCAAACUCGGCUCAAUUAGCGUGCUUGGUUCUCAAGGUAGAGAUUGAUGGUGACGCCGAGAAUGAUUAUCUUUUGCCUGUUUAUUACAAGCCAUCCGAAUACUAUGAAGUCUUCAAAAUGAAAUAUGUCGAUUGGAUACCAGUGAAAUCAGAAAAGGGGCUACCAACGCAUUUCAAAGGAAAGGUUGAUUAUGAAUACAAGCUCGGUGUCGUAGAGAAAACUACAGAGAAGCGUUCACAUACAGCUGAUGAUGAUGAUGAUGAAUGUCAAAAGCAAGAGACUAAACCAAAGCGUAUUAGACAUUAG